CUUUAACAGAAAAAAACUCAUUCCCCUGCGGCCAGCUGGUCCAGGGAUGGUGGAAGCUUAUCUUCUGUCAAGUACUCUUGAAAUAGUAUUUCAGCUAUGAACCCAGCUGUGAAUAUUGGAAGUAUCCUCCAAGAUACUGCACCACAAAUUUAAGCAGGCCUUCCCGGCUCCAAAUGAAAUUAAUGGAAUUAAUUAAUUUCUUGCGUUACAGUCUUCCCCCAGCUGGUACACGCCUGACGCUUACCGGGAAGGAGAUAGAGAUUGAUAUAGAACCUACAGACAAGGUGGAAAGAAUAAAGGAGCGGGUCGAAGAAAAGGAAGGCAUUCCUCCCCAACAGCAGCGACUCAUUUAUAGUGGCAAGCAAAUGAACGACGAGAAAACGGCCGCGGACUACAAGAUCCAGGGCGGAUCGGUGCUUCAUUUGGUCCUGGCACUGCGUGGAGGAGGCCUGCGAUGAUGGGGCGUCUCGUGCGCCACAUCCCCCUCUUCCCCAGACCCACCGGAUGUGUGUGAGCCUAACCCUUUGGUGGUGAGAAGCCCGUAGGGCUCACCACAUCCUGCAGCUUUAGUUUCUUCCUAAUUCCAGGAGGACUGCCUGCCACCACCACCUCCCAAGAUGUUUUUUUUUUUCCAAGCUGUCAUUGGAGAGGGAGGGGGUGCGUUUUAGGGGACAGGAUGCUCUAAGUUAUUGUGGUGCAGCAUCUGGCUUGGGCCCGGGCUCCUGACUGCAUGUGAAUAAGGAUUCAUCUGCUGGUUUUCACCACCCUUGUUCAAAAGUCUCCCCACUUCCUUCCCCCCCCACCGCACCCCAUAAUGGCUGAAUGUUAAAUAAACGUUUCACAACCAC